AUUCACUUCCGGAAAGAUGGCUGGCGCGGUGAAGCGAGCCCACGUGAGCUCGGAUGAACACAGUGAGCACAGUGACACAGGAGAAGACUCUGAUCAUGAGAGCAAAGAUGAAUCAAGGGAGCAUGAAGAGGGUGGAGAAGAUGAGACUAACCCUAAUUCAGGGUGGGCAGAGGCCAUGGCAAAAAUCCUGCAAAAGACAACAUCACACAGCAAGCCUUGCAUCUUGCAGAAGAACAGAGAACUGGAGAAACUGAAACAGAAGGAGAGGGAAGAGCAACUAGAAAGGAAGAAACAGCUGGAUAAGAAGAGAGCUUGGGAGAUGCUCUGUCGGGAGAAGCCAGAUGUGGUGAGAGACAGAGAGAAGGAGAGAAACCUGCAGAGAAUUGCUACCAGGGGUGUGGUUCAGCUCUUCAAUGCUGUGCGGAGGCAGCAGAAGCAAAUGGAGGAAAAAAUGAAGGAAGUCGGUGGAUCAGAAAGAAAACGGGCAAAGCUCCUCUCCUCGGUUUCCAAAAAAGAUUUCAUCAGUGUGCUCCGUGGGGAAGGGGAUGGUGCUGUGCAGAAGACGCACAAAAAGGAGGCCGAAACGGAGCCAGAGACAAAGCCGGAGUGGAGCAUCCUUCGGGAUGACUUCAUGAUGGGAGCAUCUAUGAAGGACUGGGACAAGGAAAGUGAUGAAGAGGCACAAGGAGAGGGUACACAGGAAGCUGCUGGGAACUACAGCAGUGAUUCAGACUGAUCAAGAGUGUAUGUUUGGGCGAGUAAUCAAACAGUCAUGUGCCUCCAGUGUAUGGGCAGAGGUCCCUGAGAGAUCCUCUGGUAAUAAAUAGGGCAAGCCUGGCUCAACCCUCCCUAAGUCUCCAGCUGCCCCAUCCACCGUGAUACAUUUGCAGAGAUAAGCUCAAGCUCUGGUCCGUCUUGGCUUUUCUCCAUUGUUUUAAAUGUUCGGUCUCCUUCACCGUUUGUACGUAAGGUCUUCUGCAUAACAAAACCUGUGGUACCAGGGCCACUGAACCAGCAGGUAAUAAACUGUAGCCUGUAUUUUUUUUCUAUUGACUACUCAUGGAGAAACACAAUGCAGCACAGGGUUUUAAGGAAACUAGAGCUGAAUGCCUGACACAGUCUAACCUCUGAGGUGGAGUGAGUCAGACAGAGACCUGCACUGUCAGUUACGCACCCUGGUAUCAGAAAGGAGAUCGGCUCCUUCACAUCUGCUCUUUUUCCACUGUGCUUCAUAUCCAAAUUGAUUUCUAAUUGACAAAUAACACAGCAGCAGAGGUAGGGCAUCAAUGGACAUUCUCAUGCAUUUUAUUACGCUGUUUGAAAUAUAUGUAAUUAAAUUAUGUACUUAAUUGCUUUUGCAUACUUUAUAUCCUGACUUUCACCUGUGUUAAUUGAGACAACUGCAUAUGUUGCUAAAAACUAAAUUUUCUUUGUUAAUUCCUUUUAGUAUUCUUGGUAUUUUUGUAAUACAAUAUAUUUGCAAAUUUUAAAUACAGAAGCUAAGAUUU